CGUCCGCCCUGCCAUACACGGCCACAUCAUCCCCCAACUCCUGCAGCGUCAUCGCCAUGCCAUACACGGCCACAUCAUCCCCCAACUCACCCUGCAAAGGCCCGCGCAUGCCAUACACGGCCACAUCAUCCCCUCCUGCAGCCGUCCGCCCUGCCAUACACGGCCACAUCACCCCCAACUGCAGCGUCCACCCUGCCAUACACGGCCACAUCAUCCAACUCCUGCAGCGUUCGCCCUGCCAUACACGGCCACAUCAUCCCCCAACUCCUGCAGGCGUCCACCCUGCCAUACACGGGGCCACAUCAUCCCCCAACUCCUGCAGCGUUCCGCCCUGCCAUACACGGCCACAUCAUCCCCCAUCAUCCCCCAACUCCUGCAGCGUCCGCCCUGCCAUACACGGCCACAUCAUCCCCCAACUCCUGCAGCGUCCGCCCUGCCAUAUCCCCCUGCACGCCCUGCCACAUCAUUCCCCAACUCCUGCAGCCACAUCAUCCCCCGCACCGUCCGCCCUGCCAUACACGGCCACAUCAUCCCCCAACUCCUGCAGCGUUAAGCCCUGCCCACACGGCCACAUCAUCCCCAACUCCUGCAGCGCCCCCAUGCCAUACACGGCCACAUCAUCCCAACUCCUGCAGCGUCCGCCCUGCCAUUCACGGCCACAUCAUCAUCCCUCCUGCAGCGUCCGCCCUGCCAUACACGGCCACAUCAUCCCCCAACUCCUGCAGCGCCCGCCCUGCCAUACACGCGUCCGCCCUGCCAUACACGGCCACAUCAUCCCCGGCCACACAUCCACCUGCAGCGUUCGCCCUGCCAUACACGGCCACAUCAUCCCCCAACUCCUGCAGCGUCCGCCCCUGCCAUACACGGCCACAUCAUCCCCCAACUCCUGCAGCGUACACGCCCCUGCCAUGCACGGCCACAUCAUCCCCCAACUCCUGCAGCGUCCGCCCCUGCCAUACAUGGCCACAUCUUCCCCCUCCAGCGUCCGCCCUGCCAUACACGGCCACAUCAUCCCCCCAACUCCUGCAGCCGUCCGCCCUGCCAUACACGGCCACAUCACCCCCCUGCAGCGUCCACAUCAUCCCCCUGCAGCGUCCUGCCCUGCCAUCACAACUCCUGCAGCCACGGCCACAUCAUCCCCCAUCAUCAUCCCCAACUCCUGCAGCGUUCGCCGCCCACGGCCACAUCAUCCCCAACUCCUGCCAUACACGGCCACGCCAUACACGCCACAUCAUCCCCCAACUCCUGCAGCGUUCGCCCUGCCAUACACGGCCACAUCAUUCCCCAACUCCUGCAGCCGUCCGCCCCUGCCAUACACGGCCACAUCAUCCCCCAACUCCUGCAGCGUCCGCCCCAUACACGGCCACAUACGUCCGCCCUGCCACAUCAUCCCCAACUCCUGCAGCGCGUCCGCCCACAUCAUGCCAUACACGGCCACAUCAUCCCCCAACUCCUGCAGCGUCCGCCCUGCCAUACACGGCCACAUCAUCCCCCAACUCCUGCAGCGUUCGCGUGCCAUACACGGCCACAUCAUCCCCCUGCCUCCGCCAUACACGGCCACAUCAUCCCCCAACUCCUGCAGCGUCCGCCCUGCCAUACACGGCCACAUCAUCCCCCAACUCCUGCAGCCGUCCACCCUGCCAUACACGGGCCACGGCCGUUUCGCCCUGCCAUCAUCCCCCAACUCCUGCAGCGUCCCCCUGCCAUACACGGCCACAUCAUCCCCCAACUCCUGCAGCGUCCGCCCCACUGCCAUACACGGCCACAUCAUCAUCCCCAACUCCAGCAGCGUCCGCCCUGCCAUACACGGCCACAUCAUCCCCCAACUCCUGCAGCCGUCCGCCCUGCCAUACACGGCCACAUCAUCCCCCAAGCGCUCCGCCCUCCUGCAGCGUCCACCCUGCCACACGGCCACAUCAUCCCCCAACUCCUACAGCCCACAUCAGCGUGCCAUACACGGCCCUCCCCCAAUACACGCAGCCAUCCCCAUCAUCCCCCAACUCCUGCAGCGUCCGCCCUGCCAUACACGGCCACAUCAUCCCCCAACUCCUGCAGCGUCCGCCCCUGCCAUACACGGCCACAUCCCCCCUGCAGCGUCCACCCUGCCAUACGCAUCGGCCCACAUCAUCCCCCAUCCACCUGCAGUGUGCAGCCCGCCCUGCCAUACACGGCCACAUCAUCCCCCAACUCCUGCAGCGUCCACCCUGCCAUACACGGCCACAUCAUCCCCCAACUCCUGCAGCGUUCGCCCUGCCAUACACGGCCACAUCAUCCCCCAACUCCUGCAGCGGCCACAUCAUCCCCAACUCAGCCGUCCGCCCUGCCAUACACGGCCACAUCAUCCCCCAACUCCUGCAGCGUCCGCCCUGCCAUACACGGCCACAUCAUUCCCCAACUCCUGCAGCGUCCACCCUGCCGUCCGUCCCCUGCCAUACACGGCCACAUCAUCCCCCAACUCCUGCAGCGUCCGGCCACAUCAUCCCCCCAACUCCUCGUCCGCCCUGCCAUACACGGCCACAUCAUCCCCCUGCAGCAUCCGCCCUGCCAUACAUGGCCACAUCAUCCCCCUGCAGCGUCCGCCCCCGGAAACCAAGAUCGCCCGCCCUGCCAUACACGGCCACAUCAUCCCCCUGCAGCGUUCGCCCUGCCAUACACGGCCACAUCAUCCCCCAACUCCUGCAGCGUUCGCCCUGCCAUACACGGCCACAUCAUCCCCCUGCAGCGUCCACCCUGCCAUACACGGCCACAUCAUCCCCCUGCAGCGUCCGCCCCCGGAAACCAAGAUGUACGGCCCAAACCACUCCCUUUCCCCGGGAUAA